GCCUUGGGAACACCCUCACGUGCGACAUGGGCAACCCCGCCACCGCCAGACGGCACCUCGAUCCUUGCUGCACCUUUGACCCCGACCACACGAGGUGGUUCACGAACAGCUGCGAGUUUCUUGGAGAGGUUGAGCAGCUCUCUGAUAGAAUCCUCCGCGCGGCUGGAUGGUGCUGAUUUCUGGCCGGUCAUGGUCCCAUCCUGUGUAGAAAUGUAGAAGUGAUACAAACACACGUACCUGAGAAUCAGCGCUGCCCAUUCGCCACAUUGAAGCAAUUUCUACAACCCCUGUGGCAUAUUUACCCACGACUCAACUCAGGGAAGUUGAUAAUAGUUUUUUUUUUGCGAAAAGAGUGGCCCGUAUAGGGGUACGCUUUUUGUUUUGCAAAAAAAAACUGUGUAGAGGGAUCGUGUGUGGAGUAUGUGCGCACGAGAAAAAGAAUAAUUUUCAUGCCCACGGGCGUGAAAAAGACGCGAUGGCUGUCUGAUGUCUGUCUGGCUGGUGUCUGUCUGUCUGCGCGCCCUAAAUAACCCAGCAGACUCGAGCCCAUUUCACCAUCUCGGCACCAAAUUGCAAACUAAAACUUGCGCACAACAAGUAACAUUUUGCCCGAGCUGUCCCAACCGCUACCUUUGCAAUCCGUGGUCGGUGUCUCGAGAUAGCACACCGUUUGUGCAAAUAUAUAUGUCACAUGGACGCAUCCCCGGGAGGCGUCGUCAUUGUUUUUUUUCUCUGGGCAACAAACUACACGCACGCAAGAAACCACGACGCACUGCCGUGCUGCACACAUUGCUGCUGCUACUGGCAAGACACGCACUACACAGAGACAGGGAACAUGGACAAGGGGGGCGGGACACACACACAUACUGCUGUUGGCGACGGCGGAGGAAGCGGGGAACGUUUGGUUGGUCUGGGGUUCGUUCAUCGCUGAUGAUGUUGUUGCUGUUGUCUCCGUUGUUUGUUGUUGUUGUUCAACGCUGCCGGCCUUUUUUUCGCCUUUUUUUCUCUGGAGAGAGAGGGAGUCCCACCAACCAGCGUGUGUUGCACACACCACACAGCGAGAGCGGGACGGGAGCAGGGUGUGCCCUAUACUACUGCUGCUGCUAGCUUUCGGCGGAGGAAGCGAGAGGAGAGAUAUUGAUUGGGUCUCUGUGGGUCCAUCGGUUGGUUGUUGUUAUUGUGUUGCGACGCGGCGGGAGGGAGCGGCCUCUGACUCUGCUCUGGAGAGAGGCACACAUACAUCACAGCACGGGACCAGUAACACAUCACGCUCGUUCCUAGACGAU